AGCCCGUGUGAACUUUCGCCUCAAAAUCCCCAGCUGAGGCUGAGUUUUUCUCCCACCUCCGGGCUAGAUUGGAGCACAAUCUCAUCACCUCCAGCUGCAAUCCCCCCCUUUCCCCCCUCAUAUACAGAGAGGGCCUGAAUCAAACACUGCCAUUCGCAGCCUUAUUUUCCCAGCCUGAGUUUCUGUUUCCUUAUCUUCAGCCAUGCCUGUGGAUUUCAGUGGCACCUGGAACCUAGUCAAAAACGAAAACUUUGAGGGCUAUAUGUUGGCCCUAGGUAUUGACUUUACAACUCGCAAGGUAGCAAAACUCCUGAAACCUCAGAAGGUCAUCAAACAGGACGGGGACUCAUUUAUUAUCAGCACAACGAGCACUUUCCGGAGCUAUUUUGUCCAGUUCAAAAUUGGGGAAGCGUUUGAAGAAGACAACAAAGGCUUGGAUGGGAGGAAAUGCAAGAGUGUGGUUACCUGGGACUCCGACAAACUUGUUUGUGUUCAAACUGGAGAGAAGAAAGGCAGAGGUUGGACUCACUGGAUUGAAGGAGAUGAGCUGUAUUUGGAACUCCGGUGUGAAAACCAAGUAAGCAGGCAGGUUUUCAAGAGAGCGUGAAGCAAAAGCAGUGAUAACCCCGAAAGGCAACAUUGUCGGGAUCCUUGUGCAGGAGCGCUCUCCUGUAGCAGCACUUUUUCAGCUGACAUCAGCAGCUUCUUAGGUCAAGCUUUCCAUCUUUCCCCGUUGCUCUUUAUAUUAAACGACAACAACAACCUUCCAAGUGAUCUCCAGAACAAACAUUGUCACUGUUGCUGGCAGGUAAUCUGCACUGGUUUCAUUAAAGAAGGCUUUUGGCAAUACAA